AUGGAACAUCACAACACAGAACACGCUGCAAGUUCUUCCGGUCAAAGCACGUCACCGCCUUCGAAACUUUCGCGUCGGAAGACUUAUGACACGUCCGAUCUAUCCCUAAGCGGAGACGAACACGAUAGGCACAAGAGAUCAGCCGCUGAGAUUUAUUUAUACCCUGGGAAUGUCCUUUGGGCCAUCGCAUUCGGGUGGUGGCUUGCUUUGAUAUCCUACUUUGUUUCCAUUUGCUUGUAUUUUACACCAUUCGGUGGCCAGCAAUAUGCAAGAGUCUUGAGGGAACUAAGCUAUUACAUAUUUUGGCCAUUCGGAAAGUAUGUGGAACGUGUUGAAGAUGAGUGGUAUAAUGUGUUCGACGAUGGGGCAAGUGAAGAUCACGAGUAUAAUUCGAGAAUGAGCUAUGAGGAUGGUGAAAGAGAGAGAUUGUUGGGUAAUAAUCUGGAAUAUGAAGAAGCUGGAAGAUCCAGAAGAAAGCGAACGGGUUGUUGUGGGAAAUUAUGCGAUCUCGGGUUGGCUGGCUUGGUCUUUUAUUUUUGGUUUUUCCUGCUAAUCGGACCACUCUACAUGCUUGUCUCAUGUCUUUGUUGGUUCAUGGUUAUUUCUAUCCCAAUGGCCAAGCUCACAUUUGUGCUCACACGUCACCUUCGGAAACAUCCACUUUCUUUACAUUUUAAGUCGGGAUCUUCACUCACACUUACUUUAUCGCAACACUCAGUGAUCUUAUUAUGCACCUACAAGGCUAUUGGCCUCCAAUAUUACAAAUACACUUACGAUGGCAUUAACAUCAUAUUUAUUAAUCUUAUGCCAAUUGUUCUAUUUACGUUUAUUGAUCAUUAUGUAUUCGUUGAGUGGUUAGGAAAAGAGGGAUUUCUGUUCAGUGCAACAUUCCGAUUUUCAUUGUGUCUUGCUUCCGUCAUCCCACUAUCGUACUUUAUUGGUAUGGCAGUGGCUUCGAUAUCCGCUCAAUCGUCAAUUGGAUUGGGUGCAGUGAUCAACGCAACGUUCGGUAGUAUUAUAGAGAUUAUUUUAUACGCUAUCGCGUUAGUAAACGGAAAAGGUUUGUUAGUAGAAGGGAGUCUCAUAGGAAGCUUAAUGGCCGGAGUCUUGUUUAUGCCUGGUAUUAGUAUGGUGAGUGGUGGAUUAAAGAGGAAAGAGCAAAGAUUUAACGCUAAAAGUGCAGAGGUGACAUCGACAAUGCUCAUCAUGGCAAUCAUAGGAGCACUUACACCGACCCUGUUUUAUCAAACAUAUGGCCAGUUUGAGAUGAGAUGUGAGAAGUGUCCCACAACGGAAGGCCUAAUAGGAACGUGCGAAAGGUGUUACCAGCUACCAAUUGAUCCAUGGGAUGACCCAUUUUACGAUGAAAGGGUCAAACCACUGAUGUAUUUCUGCGCUUUUAUAUUAGUGUUGUCUUAUUCGAUUGGUCUUUGCUUCUCGCUCGGAACGCAUGCUUCGUUAGUAUGGCAUUCAUAUCACGCCCAUGAAUCCGAACCAAGCUCAGCGCGUGGAUCACUCUAUAAACGUUUAAUCCCGCUUCACAUGCUUCAGCAGAUAUUGCCUGGUUCAACCCACUACACACACGGUUCAGGACUUCAUCAAGACAUACCACCCCCAAAUCCUCGUCCACAGUCAGCUCCAACAAGCGCUGUAAAUUACGAUACUUACAAUAUGGCUCAGCCGGAAGAAGAGGAAGAACCCGGUGGUCAUGAUUCUCCUAAUUGGAGCAAGUUUAAGAGUGGAGUAGUAUUAGUAUUAUGUACAGUCGCGUAUUCAUUUAUAGCAGAAAUUCUUGUGGCCAAUCUCGGUGACGUAUUCGAAGAAGAUGCUGACAUCAAGUUUUUGGGAUUAACACUAUUUGCAUUGGUUCCCAAUAUCACUGAAUUUAUGAAUGCAAUGUCGUUUGCGAUUUACGGAAACAUUGCACUCAGUAUGGAAAUUGGAUCAGCGUAUGCUUUACAAGUGUGCAUGUUGCAGAUACCAGCAAUGGUAGCAUUUUCUGCAUGGUAUACUCAUGGGUCAAAAGAAUCAAUGAUGAAUUCGUUCACUCUCGUAUUUCCGCGUUGGGAUGUAUUCGCAGUAGUGUUUUCAGUGUUCCUUUUGACGUAUACUUACAUUGAAGGGAAGUCUAAUUAUUUUAAAGGAUCGAUAUUAAUCUUAUCGUAUUUAGUAUUAUUGGCUGGCUUUUAUUUUGCUUGA